AUGCCCUUCGCACCAGAGGAUCCGGCAGGAUGCGCGUGGACAAAAUUGCAACGCAUGACCGACGAAAUGCACCGUGACCACGGCUGGGGCCCCCAGCAUGAUGCGGAAGCCCAAAGAAAGCUUUCGGAGUUGCUUGCCGCCGCAGCGGUAUGCACCAUAUGCAGCGCAGAUGUGUUCCCCGCUUUGACGCAGCUGGGCGUUACACUCUCAUGUGUCCGAGCCUCCUAUGACGCAACAAUUGAAGCCCUACAGAAAGGGCUCCGCCGUCCCAGACCUGGCAUUUGCAAGACAUUUGACACUGUUGCCUUCUCCGCGGAACCCGCUGGUGCCGCUGUACGGAGUGAGGAAGCCUCGGCUGCCACGGAAACCCAAAUUGUGGACCGAGUGGUUCAAACGAACAGUCGUCUAGCCCAACCACGAAACCAGGCCGAUUCGCAGAACAAUCGAUUACCGCUGGCCUCUAAGAGGCCUGCCUUGGUAGACGCACAUAGAAGGGCCAAUGAAAUUACUCCUGGACACACCAAAGAAAAGGGUGUGCGAGUCGGAUCGGCGAACUUGGAUGGCGACUCAGAAGCUCCUAGGACAUUCCCAAGCAACGCUAUCGGAGCAGCUGCUGCUUCCGGUUGCUUCCCCUAUCCCCUUGAACCCAGAGCGGAACGUCGUCCGUCAAAACGCAACGAAUUACGGCCCGAUGCCGUGUCGGCAGUGCUGGAGAGAACUGGGAAGUCAGGCAGAGCAGAAGAUUGGUCCGCUCCCUCUCAGGUAGUUCCGGCAAUGCAUUGCACACUGUCGCCUAGAAGCGAAGAAAUGGGGAACACUCAGCGGAGCACUGCGGGAACUAGGGCGCCGCUUUCCAGUGCUGACUGCGGCAACUCGGAAAUGCACAGGGGAACGUGUGUAGACGGACGUGCUGAAAACGCUGUGACAGCUGUAGAGAAACAAAAUUGUGGUUUCAGCCCCUGUGAGGACAACCCACGUAGCUGCCGGCGAGUGACAUCCUGCAACGUUGCCGCAGAACCUCAGGUGUCGGUAUCCAGUGCCUCUAGAGAAGCACUGCCGGUUCGAGAAAAGUUCUGUUUACGCGCCGCUUUGCCACUGAGGCAAAUGGGACUUGGAGAAUCUCGAAGUUCUGCCGUGUGGGAAAAUGAUGAGGACGCAACAUCGCGCUGCCACAUCGUUUCCGGCAGGCGAACAACAUCUCGCCACGAGAGCAAAGAAGGGACAGCUGCAGUGUCUCUGCCGAUAAGCGCAAGGAGCCCUCAAAACAACUAUCACUCACAACACAUUUCUGACAGCGAGGAGCGUUCCUCGCUGCACAUGCCCGACCGCAACCGAGGAUGCUUUGAGAAACAAGUCAGGCACAGUUUUCAUCACGCUACCGGGAAAUCUCCGAAAACGGCAGCGUUCGGAUCGAGUGAUGACGUGCCUUGCAGCGCACCAACUGGGACAAUGAGUGGUACGUGUCUCGGAGGCGCACGGCAUGCGUCUCGGUGGAAUCUCCGAAUGUUAGUAGAUGGCCUUGCAUAG